AACACCGCCCCCUACAGUUCAGGAGAAGGCAACGCGUUGCAGCGCCAUGGCUGAACAGGAAGCACCAGCGCCUCUGAAAUCGCUCGAUUCUCAUGAUCCGACAUAUGUCGCUUUUGUCAAUAAAUCCAACGAGAAUGCCGAAGCGUAUUGGUUAAAUUUUUCGGGGAUCCCAGUGUCUUACGGUGCCAUAAACCCCGGAAACGCUUUGCAAAUGAACACGUAUAUAACCCACCCGUGGGUCUUUAGAGCAUCCGACGGCUUUCAACUGCUUGCAAACCUAAGUGAAGUUUAUUUUCCUGAAGUUGGGGAUUAUGAGGAGGACGGAUCCCCGUUGUACAAACUUGUGGAUGUAACCGCCCCAGUAUACUCGUUACAAGAGUCCUGUACGCGUCGGAUCCGAAAAAUGGUGCGAAAAGAAGACGUCAACAAACUGGAAAUCGCCGCGUGUUUGAAAAAGGAGAUCAGCCGACCACCGAAUCUACGGAGAGACUUGGAAGUUUUAGCCGCGCGGAGAGCAACGAAUGGUUCAUAGUGACAUUUCUCUCUUAUUUAUCAAACUGCAAGCCAAAGUAACUUUUUUUUCAGCAGGGAUGAGAGUCUGAAGAAGUGACCGGUGUUAAAGAAGUUGAAAUGUGAAGUAUGUCAUUCAGCCGGUUGUUAAAGAGAUAGUUCACCCCAAAAUAAAAAUGCUUUCAUCUUCUGUCAAUUCUGUUACUCACCCUUAAAUUAUUCCAAAUCUGUAUACAUUUCUAUGUUCUGAUGGACACGGAGAAAGAUAUUAGGAAGAGUGGCUGUAACCAAAUAGUUCUUGGCCACUACUGACCACCAUAGUAGGAAAAAUGACAAUUGUAGUCAAUAGUGCCCCAGAACUGUUUGCUUGUUUACAUUCUUCAAAAUAUCUUCUGUUGUGUUAAACAGAACAAAGACAUUUAUAAAGCAAUGGGGUAUAUUGCACACGAAGCGAGAACGCAUGUGUGCUAGAAUCUUACUCUGUCGCUUUAAGAUGCACAUAGGAUUACAGAGUCUAUUUAUCCAAACGCUACAUUGUAAAUCGACAACCAAAAAGGAGAUGUGCUUCAGGCUAUCCGUUUCAAGCUACAUUCACAAAUAUAAAAAAAGCUAAGUAAACUUUUGCACUUACUUGAGGCAUGAUCACAAAGGCAUAUAGCAAUGUUCAGCCAUAGUGUUGUCGAUUUUCUGGAAUUUGAACGUUUUCUUGCUAGACACAUCGAUAUCACUUGAUGAAAAAUUACCUCAGCGCAAUGAGAGUGGAAGUGGCUUAGCUGGCUGAGAUUUCAGCGGAAAUACGUCAUCGCCCCGAAUGCAUAUACCCCACUAUGGUAGUCAAUCGUGGCUGAGAACUGUUUGGGUUCAAGCAUUCUUCCAAAUAUCUUUCUCCGUUAUCCGAACAUUUUGGGGUAAACUGUUCCUUUAAAGAUGGGAAAACACAGGCAGUUUCUGCAAAUCUCAUAUUAACCUUGAGGACCAUGAAGUAUGCAAUACUACUGUAUCUUUGAAGAGUAUUUAGUUUGAUCAAAUUUAUAAAAGAGAUUAUCCCUUCGUGUUGUUUACAAUAUGCACGCACACGCCGAUUGCCAACAAAACACAGACAUAUGACUCAGUUUGGGACCGCGCCAUCUAUCAGUUUCAAACUAUCUCCAAAUCCAGCGUUAUAUCCACAGUUCAUAUAACAUUCAUCACCAAAAUGCAGUGAGCAAACAAACACCGCUAAACUUCUGUCAGCCGAGUGAAGCGCUAUUGAUGGGCGUGCUGCUCUUUCUCACGCUAGCGCGUGGUCUUUCGCUCGGUAGAUGACGCGUGGGCCUGCUUUUCUGAGAGAGUGGCCAAUAAAAGGGAAUAGCAUCCCUGUUACGAAACAGGGAUCCAGAAAAACUUUCCGAAGCAAGUUGGAGUGCUGGGGAGUGUAUCGAGAACAGUAAUACUACGUCAUAUGUCCAACUCGUUUUUU